AUGGCGUCAAAUUUUCCAAAAGUGCAGGGAGGGGGUUCCUUGAUUGUUGCUUGGCAAGUAAAACAGAAGAAUGUUUUGGUAGUUGGUGGUGGUGAGGUAGCUGCUGGCCGGAUCCUCCACGCCCUCAACGCGGAUGCCAAUGUUACAGUUGUUUGUCCAAAUUCAGGGCUAAAUGAAGAAGUUGCCUAUCGAGUCUCGGAGGGUCAAAUAGCCCACAUUGACCGGACUUUCGAGCACCCCGAUCUAGAAGGCGCCGACAUGGUCCUAUGUGCUGUAGACGACCCAGAAGCCUCAACUCGCGUUUGGAAACUUUGCAAAGAAAGGCGAAUACCAGCGAACAUAGCCGAUGUGCCUCAAGAGUGUGACUUUUACUUUGGCAGCGUGCAUCGGGAUGGUCCGCUACAAGUUAUGGUUAGUACAAAUGGGAACGGACCGAAACUUGCAAGUAUUGUUCGAAAGAAAAUCGCAGAUACCUUACCCGAUAACAUGGGUGCUGCCAUCGAGAACGUCGGAAAAUUGAGGCAGAAGUUAAGGGAGGUAGCCCCUAGUCCACAGGAAGGUCCUAAACGGAUGAAAUGGAUGUCCGGUGUUUGUGAAUCAUGGAAUCUAGAGGACUUGGUUCAAAUGAAUGAGGGAGACAUGACUGCUCUACUUACUCAUUAUAAGUCUGGCGGUAUUCCAACUCUUGCCGAGGUCCGAUCCAGCCUUCCAGCUUGA